UUUGACCGCUUCUGCAAAACCUUACGAAUUGUCGAGGUGACACACCAAUCGUUUCGCGUCGGUUUGACCUUCAAGUGCUCAGUCACAUCCAUCAGUGGAUGAUACCCCAGAAGCGUUGCCGAUUUGGGUAGUGCUUAUCCAUACCUCUUCACUCGUUUUGCGAUGAGAGAACACAAAAGGGGUAACUCAUGUACUUAAUUACCUUGAUAAUCCACAAAUUCUUCCUGAGGAAUAAGGUUUAUCGCCUCAAAUCCUAAUUUGUUUACGCAUCUGAACAAAUACCAAGUACAACUAAUAUUAAAUAUUUUCUGUGUGACUAUAUAAAUAGUCAUACUCGGAUCAAACCUGCUCUAUGUCUAUGUCAAUUUGUUUUCUAGUUUACUAUUAUAAGUAUUAGCUGAACCAUGUCCAACGAAGUAACAAGUGUUUUUGGUGUUGAGGAACAAAAUGAGAGGAGCUUUCGCCUAAUAAGCUUUCGUUCCUAGUGGCAAAAUAAUCACAGUGCCAUCAGUUAAGCACCUGGGUAUAAGGUCAAUGCAGAAAAGGUGAAAUUAGUGUGAUAGUGCUCCGAACCCCUUAGAUAAUUUCGCGUUUCCUUGUGACAGAUUUCAGUUUCAGUUUGCACGAGACAGGUGGCCUGUGUUAGUUCCGGCAAUAGUGGUCUCAUUUGAUCCAAUUUUCUUUUGAAAGCGUCUACAGGUCCGAUCACGUGUAGAGGUAAUGAAUUCCAUUUGAUGAUUCGAUGGGAAAGUCGAUAGUCAGCAGACAAGCAAUUUGUUCCGGUCUCAUGAACGUUUUUAUUGUCCUCGUAAUUUCUCUGUUUUGAAAGACAAGAAAAAUGAUGACAUGUCAGAUGCAAAUUUAUCACCAAGUAAUUUGAAAACUGUAGUCAAUUCACCUCUGGUUCUUCGAUAUGACAGUGGAAAUAGGUUUAUUUUGGCCAGUUGAGCAUAAAAUAGGAGCUGUGCUGUCCCGAGAGUCAGCUUACUUGCGGUUCUUUGAACCUUUUCCAACAGCGUACUGUUUCUUUUUAGACGGGCUAUUCGGUUGUAUGCAGUAUUCCAGUUUACGACGGAUAAAUACUGUACAUAAAGUCAAAAAGGUUUUAGCAUUUGCAUGACUAAAGGCUCUACAUAUUGACCAUAGGGUUCUAAACCUUUGGUAUUUAUCGAACGUAGUAGUAUUAGUUUUUAAUUCUUCGAUAACGAUGACUCCUAGGUCAUUGUGUGUGUGAACGACAGGUAGCUCAAUGUUAUUCACCGUGUAUGUAUCUGUACCUUGGUGACCAAUAUGCAUCAUAGUGCACUUGGAAGCAUUUAUCGGCAACUACCAAAUUUAGACCAUUCAGAUAAUUCCUACAGGUAAUUUUUAAGAUCUGUACUAUCAUAUUUUUGUCGCUCUCUAUAUCUUGACAUCAGCAUAUAACAAGACCGAUGAUGAUAGGAGACUAAGGUCAUUUACAUGCAGGAUGAACAACACUGGCCCCCAAACUGUACCCUGGGGCACUCCGGUAAACACAAUUACCCAGCUAUGCAACUUUUUGACGCACAAUUAGAAAGUCCUUCAUCAUCAUUAAUAAAUUGUCUGCAAUCUCGACAUUACUUAACUCAUAUAACAGUCGGUUGUCAGGAUUUUUGUCAAAGUCUUGCUGAAUUCAAUGUAGUCUACAUCUAUAGGUGACUUUUUAUCUUUAAAUGCGCACCGACUUUCACGGGUUAUUAUUAAUUUAAUGAGACAGGAAUAACCUGUUCUAAAUCCAUGCUGAUUUUUAGAAAUAAUCUGGUUUUCGUCGAGAUACUUAAACAACUUCCGAACAACCUUUUCUAAAAUUUUAACAACCAUGCUGGUCGAUAGUCCUCGGGUUUAUGUUUCAUACCUGUCAUGAAGACAGGACUUACUAUAACAUUGUUCCAGUCCUUUGGUAAUCGACCAUGGAUUACAGAUAGGUUGAAACAUAUGCUUAAGGGAUUUGAGACAAAAUUCGCUAGUUCUUUUAUUAACCUGUGAUACAUUUCAUCGAGUCUCAUGGAUCUGUCUACAUCAAGCUCAUUUAGACCGAAGAAAUCGUGUUUCUUAACGGUCAUAGUGUCCAGUGUGUGUGGAGUUUGUAUGAAUUGAAGGAGAGGAUGUCUCUACGGUAAAUACAUUGCUAAAGUUAUUCGAGAAUACCUGAGUAUUUCCAUAAUCGUCCCCCAGCACUGGUGAAGUACUAUUACCUCCUCAUAAUACUGUAAUAUUUCCUCUUCCCUCAGUCAUUUUGUUUUGAUACAAAUAUAAACGUUUAGGGUAAUCUAUAGAUUCCUCGACAAGUUCUUCGUGCAACCUACUGGACUUGCGGACGCUCGAGGCACAAAUAUUUCGAGCUUCCCGAUAUUGAGAUUUUGUCCCGUCAUUGCCCAGUGACUUAAGUCUCCCACAUUCUUCUCUUAUGGAGAAGAUUGUGGACCUCCUCAGUGAACCACGGUAGGGAGUCACUCGGACCCCUUUGUGUAGUCCAAGGGAUGUGCGAUGCAGCGACUUUUAUGUACAAAUCUCUGAAUACCUUCCAAGACGUUCCAAUGGUGUAUUCUGGUUCUAAUGUCCAAUCUACUAAGGAUAGUGAGUGUAUAGUCCCCGUAUAUUUGCUUUCCAGAUAUUUGGUCCGGCUUGGGCUGACACACUUUCGUUACUAACAGCUAUAGUCACUUUUACCUGGAGGUGGGAUAUAAUCCAGGUUUGUGACGUCAUCAUCAUAAUGGAUCAAUAUGAGGCCUAGUAAGGAUGAUUUAGAGUCCGGGUCAUACCUAGUUAUUUCUUUCACAUGUCGCACUACGGCACAUGAGAUAACCAAGUCAACUAGUUCCUGUUCGAAGGAAUUUUCUAACAAUUCAGUCCUCGGAUUUUUCCAUUUUAUAGUAGGUGGAUUAAAGUUUCCUAAAAUUAAACAUCGACCACUUGAUAACCAUAUCUCGAAACCGUUUAGCGAGACCUCAUUCACCUCACAGUUUGAACUGUGGUAGACCAAACCAAUCAAUAGCUCUUGUAUUCCAGGCAGCAACGAACAGAUUCGCAAGUCCCACUUUCAUGGGAUACGUUAUCAAUAACAAUAAAUGGAAUAGUACUUCUAAUAAAUAGUGCUGCCCCUCUUCUUUUACGCUUCCGGAUUUUGUCGACUUGCUAAUGUGAAAGUUUCAGAAUCAUGUUCCCUAUCGUCUAUUGACUGGGUCAGGCAAGUUUCUGUGACGGCGAUUACAUCCAGCUUAGGUGAGUCUAUCUGUACACCUGGCUCCGAUCGGUUGUUAAACGCUCUCAGGGCAUUUGUGUUACAGGUCUGAAGACCAUCUAAAUGGCUUCGGCAUUGCUCUAAGAUCUAUCUCUCCAGUAUUUAACCCUAGUUUUUACUCUCCUCGAUCUUCUCGUCUCUUUGUACUGAUCUAUCAUUAUGAUCAAUCUUCAAUUUCUCAGUUACUUUUUAGGGAACUGGCUCUUCUUCAACAAGAUGAUGUCGCUUCUUGUUUUUGGUUUUUACCCACUCAUCAGCAGUCACAGUCGCGUCAUACACAUUGUGGGAUCCUGGGUGAUUGUCGAUGACUUGGGUAAUCAGGUUUCUGUUCUUUCUGCUAGAAACAGACCUAGUCUAACGAUCAGGUUUUCUAGGCAUUUCCUGCCCACUACCAUUUGGAGGGCAGGGGACAGAAGAAAUUUCCUUUCUUGAGCUUUUAUUUCUAACAAACCUCUUUGAAUUCUGUCCUUCCUCGUUCGGUCUGUGUAAGUCAAUCGACUCUGAGCUUGAGGUAACUUCGCAUCAAUGUUUAUGUCGACCGAGAGAGUACCAUUUGAUGUGGCUCGAUCACGCUUGUUAAUCCUCCUUUUAGCAGCACUCACCAUUGCAAUGGCCUCAGAUAGCAAUCUGUUUGCGUCCGAACAGCACUGCUGACACGACUACACAAAACUACUUUUGCUGAACCAUUUAAAACCCACAGGCGUUAGAUUCGUGCGAAAUUCGUGGUACCGUCCUUUGCACUAAUCGCACUACAUGCCACUUUCCACAUGGCAUCUACAGCCUGGGCGUUGGCAAUUGCUUUUCUUUGCAUUGUAUGGUAUUUGCUUGAACUAUUUCACCUGGGCGUAAAUUUUAGGACUUGAUUAUACGUAAAAGGUGGGAGGUAUGUCUACUCUCCAAUAUACUUUUUCAUACUUCUAAUCUCUUAAUUCUUUCCAGAAUAAGUUUUUGAGCUGAACUUAAGCAAGUGCUUUAGAUAAUGUGUAGGGUUUUUUUGUUAUGCUUUGAGUUAUUGAGAGGUCGCCUGUGAGUUGCCUAUUUUAUGUAGGUUAGAAACCUAGUGAUUUAAGCCAUUCCUCUUAAGGCUUUAAUCUGUUUGGAAACUAAUUCCAUAGUUUGGAUUAAUAUACCAUCCAGCGGCUUCUUAACUUUUAGAGUGGUCAAGGAAUAACUAUAUUAUCAUACUCCAAAUGAGGCUGAACUAAACCCAAAAAUCAAGUGAAAAAUUUCGCUAUCAAACUGGCAAAAAUUGCGCUUCAAAGUAAUUAGUGCAAGAUUUAUUCUGACGGCUUUCUAUCACAUUUAUUAUUUAUUUAUUUAUUUAUUUGAACACAAAUAUUGGUACGAGAGGGCACCAAAUAUAUACGCGCCACACAAAACAAUGAGGAUGGGGAGAGAGAAGAGAAAAAGCUGCCAUUCCAUCGGGUGAUCUUAUUUCAUUGGGAAGUAAAUCAAAGAAGGUUUCAGUUUCACAUGGAAAUCUUGCCAAAAAAACUAAAACUCAAUCAGUAGAAGUUGAUCCGUCCGAAUUAGUUACUCGAGUGGAGGCAGCUUUGUCUGCUAAUGAUAUUAAUCUGGUAGAAUUUCUAGUAUCUGCAGCAUUGAACCAGUUAAAAACUAGUUCUGGGCAUGGUACUUUGGGCUCCUCUUUGUCAUCCGGUUCUGAUUUUCGCCCGGUCCAUAGUGGCGUAGGUUCGCGAUUAUUGCCCGGUAUUUCACUUGGCCUUCUGGUACUAGCACAGGAUCAUCCAAAUGUGUUUAUUCGACCUACUAUUUUGGACCAGCUUAUUUUGAUUUUAUCUCUUAGUCCACGGGAACUGGGAAUUUCCCUACCCUCGGCUGCUAUCACAACGAUCAUGGCUCGAAUUCGUGGACUUCAUGUUCUUAUCGCAAAUAUACUGUAUUUAGCCUUGAGCAGUCAAGCGAAAUGGCCUUCAAAACUAGUAAAGGUAUACCUAGAAGAUAGUUUAGCCAACCGCGUUUGGGUCGAUCAAGAUGAAUGCCGGUUGUUUGUACUAAAUUUGGAAACCGUAUUUCCAAAAACAUUUGGUGAUCCACGAGGUUUAUUUUCAAUUCUGUCGUCGAAUCAAAAUGGAUCAAUCGGAUCUAACCAACCUAGCGGCAGUGCCAGCUGCUCAACGAAUACGCCAUCAGUGAAUGCAGUGUUUAACGUGUUAGGUCUAGCAGGUAUCCAACCAUAUUUGGGGUCAGAUCCUUCAGUACUUGGUUCCACUCAGUAUGAGAGAGAUGAAAUAAGUGAAGCCAUUUCAAAUGUAUUAAAAAACCAAUCAACUUCAGUUACCAGAACUAUAUUUGGGUGUGAUAUGAGUUCUCAUGUUUUACCUCGAUUUGAAGCCUGCCGCCAAGCUGUAGAGGUCAUAGUCAUCAAUACAUUGAGAGAUGUUCUUGGUCGAAGAAGUGGUAAUACUCCAUCCACUUUACAAGCAAAUGCUACAAACGCUAGUACAUCAUCGUCCAUUAUAUCAACUUCUUCAGCAACUUCAGUCACUAGCGGAGAUGCUGCACAAUUAAGGAACCUUCUACGUACACUUGGUAUGGCAGCUGGUAUAUCUGAGAUUCGAGGACUUGUUGCAACUAGACUAGAGCCUUGGCUGACAAACCCUAAACUACAACUCUAUGGCCUUGGAUUAUUUGCAUUAGUUGCCACAAACUGCCGUUUAGGUGGUUUGUCACCACAUGAUUUGGAUUUCAUGAUUUCAAGUGUUUAUCGUAUACGUUACAAACUAUUAAAGCCAAAUAUCCAAACGGCUUUUCUUGAAUGUGUCAGUCAUUUGGUUAAAGCAGCUCCUAUGAACCUGUAUUGUAUGGUAAAUUUAGGCUCAGCAGCUCCAGAGUUACGUUUUGUACCGAGUACAAAUGAGUCUGGUUAUUUAAACCAAAACUUAAGUUCUGUUGUUUUGAAAAUUUCUGAAACUGUUCAAGCUCUAUCCUCAGAAAGUAAUAAUCAAGCUUCACAACAUAACAAUGUGAAUUCUGCUGCAAUUGCAGCAGUGGCUGCUACUGCAUCUAGUGCGUCAAGUAGAGGUACCAGUUCAGCGGGUGUUUUGUUACCUUUCCUUUACCAACGCUUUGGUUCACACUGGAUUCGUAUCAUUGGAGACCUACUAAGUGAACGACUAAUAUUGGCUUCAUUAGCCACUGCCAACCAAGCUUCUCAAAGUUCGUUGACUGAGUCACAGUUGUAUGAUGAAUUAAACCGCCGUCUAUCUCCGAUCUACCAAUUUUUACGAGAACUAGCACGUUUUAUGCGCAGUGAUAAUGAAAGACCUGUUGGUAGUUCAACUCUCACAUCUCAAAAUUCUUUAUUUCAGUCACAACAAAAUUAUUUACCAUGUUCAGAGCUUGCUUUUGCAUUACUGCAAGAUCGUUCAUUUCGUGGUCCAGUCACGGCUUCUACAGUAGUGAGUGCAAUAUUGGUAUCACUUAGUCCACAAAAAGAUCAAUCACAAGGAAAAUCGACUUCUGAGUUGUCGAAAACUGAUAUCUCUGUUUUUCAAUGCUAUUUACGUGGUUUAGUAAGUUUGGUGUGUGCUCUACAAAUGUUAUCAGCUAAUAGACCAUUUCUCAGUAAUUCAUCUUCAUCAACAACAACAAGUAGUAGACGAAGAAGUUCUUAUACUGAAGCUGUCAAAGUCCACCAUUUGACUUUACGUCAGAUUCGUUUAGCGUUUGUACGAUGGACGAAAUCGUUAUUGCCUAUGCUUAUCAGUGUUGUUAGCCAAAAUUGUUCAAUCCCUUUUAUGAAGUGUAUAGAGAUAAUUAAACCUGUCAAUCUUAUUCGUCAAGCGUUUGUUUUAGAUUCAUUAACUCCGCUUAAUGAAUCACAGUCGGAAAGCUACUAUCAGCUCACUUCCGGAUUAUAUCCCACAGAGGAUAUAUGGCCAGACCAAGACAAUAAUUUCUUAACUCGCUUAAUAUAUGACACUGACGUAUCUGAAAAACUGCUUAAUCAGUUGCUGAUCUUGGGUCUAGACACAUCAUGUCACUUUCUUACUGCUGCAGAAGCUGGAGAUAUAGUAUGUAAUCUUAUAUGGCGCGGUGCUAUGCUAUCCUGUGACUCAGGUUUGGAUGGCGUAACCGUAACUAGGCCUGAACAAUUGGUUGAUCUUCUUUUUGCUAGUUGUACUUACCUAUCUGAUCAACAGAUUCCUGCUGAAAUGAGUGAAUUUGCUUAUGCCCAACUUUAUUGGAAAGUAACGUUAACUUGUAUUAUAUUAGCUGCUUAUUGUCCACGUACUUGUGGUUCAUAUCUUUGGUCUAAUUUUCCUACUGUUAGGCGUUUAAUGGAAAUUGUGAUAAGCAGUGACUUCAUCAGUCCUUCAAUCAAAGACUCAACUAGUCAUAAUCCUAAUGUUGAUUUAACAGAAAAAAUGAAUUAUGAAAUAGAAGUUCAGUUGAUUCUUCGUCUAGAAUCAUUCUUACUUGCAAAUGAAAAUAAGAGCACAUCGACAACUUCAAAUGCUGAAGAAAACCAUUCAUUCACAUCUGAUUCUUCUGUUGUAAUUACUCCUGAAUCUUCUCAGCUCAUUAAUAAAUUAGUUCGAAAUAACCCUCGUGGACCAUGUCGCCGUUUACCUGAAGAACAACGUUGUUACCUUCGUUUCCUAUGUCAACGUCUUCAUCUUGAGCGUCGCCUAUGGAAUAGUAGAAAUCCUGAUUUCCUUCUUGAUCUAUUACAUAAUCAAGCUAACGAUGUUGUUGCACAACCAUGGCUGAUGCGCCUAGUUGAAUCCACUGGAGAGGAUUUAGAUGUCCUUCCUGUUCAGUGUUUAUGUGAAUAUCUACUCUACGAUGCUAUGACACACGCGCAAGCCAGUAAAACUGAUCGGUCACAUAUUUCACGAGCUAUUGGGCAAUCUGUAAAUGUCGAUAUAUUCGAUAAUUUAUGUGCUGUUAAACCAGGUACAUAUGUAUUUCCUAAUUUUUUGUCUUUUAAGAAAACGUCUCAUGACUGUUAUUUUGUAUUUCCAUACGUUUAAUGUCCAGUUAUUAACAUUUGAUUGUCGAUCUAAUCCACGUCGCCUAGACUUCAUAAUAUGGCACUAAACCGACUGUAAUCGAAGUCAGUUAUAUAUUCAUUAUAGAACAUAGCACAAGUGUACGUCAGCCCGAACUUUCAUACUGUAUCAACACAGUGAAAAGGAAUCCAUUUACCGGUAAACCAACGGUCGGUGUUUUCAUGAACUGGUGCUAUAUUUGGACAUACGUAACGUUUUCCAGCCGUACCAAUCGAUGAAGAUCCACAACCUUUUUUCAUACGCUCAAUUUUGGUAUUGCUUGAUUAAUCGUUCCAUCAAACGCAAGCUAUGCUCCGAAAAUACUUAUAUUUAAUUACCUACAGCGUGUGUGUAUUUUUAUUUGCAUGUCAUGUUUUACACCAGUAAAGCAUUAUAAAGCAGAUUGCUGCUCCAUGUACUUGCUUCUUUCAUGAAAGACGGAUAUCUUAUUUACACUACUUGCGACUAAUAGCCAAAGAAGCUCUGAUACAAUGCCGAGAUUUCGCUAGAAGGCUGAUAAUACUUCCAAGACUACUGAAAUGGUUAGCAACUUCACUCCGUGUGGUCGGUUUUGAGGUCGACGUAGACUAUUGGAGCAACAACGUUUUGAGUUUAGUGGGAGACGUAAACAUAUAUCAGACGUUUUCACGCUGUUACUCAAGGUCUUCAAAAGAAUCCAUAAUAUAUCAGGGUAUUCGUCAACCUGAAUGUCAUUUACGUACUCCACAUCGAUUAACUAGUUAUCAGGAAUCAGAAAGUUAAACUAUUAGUUGGUGUACUAAGCAAAUGUUAACUAAUAAAGUUAUCUAUGUAUUAGCAAAUAUAAGUAAGCUUUCUUUUAAUACGCGGAAUAUAUUCGUUUAGUUAGUAUUUUUCUUCGUAAAAAUAUUCACGUUUACCUAGUCAGGACUUUAUUUUGCAGAAAAUAAGUAUCACAAUCCAUUUUCUGCUGGUUACCGAUGAAUUGAUUCUCACCUAUUUCUUAAUAGUGAUGAUAAUGUUGCUACGAAAUUUAUCAAAAUUAAAAAUGCUUUUCUUAUUCGCAGUUAGCACGGCGUUAUGUGCACUUUAAUUUUUUUUACUGUUAAAGUCCUAUUGUAAUUCACAAUAGAGCGAUUUUUAUUUAUUUUAUUUCUUUCUCAUUUGAUUUUCAGAAAAAUUAAAUCUGAGUGUUACAAAUAAACUUGUUUCUCACUUGAUAACUAAAUUACAGGAAACAUUAACAUCGGAUUCACUUAAUACUUCUGUUUCUGAUGCAUUUACUCAUUCAUUCUUCAGUCGACUAAGUGAUUCACGACGCGUAGUAAGACAGGCUUCUCGUCAAGUAUGUAGCAAGUAUUGAAUUCUAUUGGUGUGUAUCAUUUUCGUUUUACGGUAGUUAAUGCUAAUAAUUCAUGAUACCAAAAUUAUAAGUAACUAAGAUACUAAAAUCGUCUAAUAGAAACAUCUGAUGGAGUUUGACUACAGUACUUUGAUGUGUACUAGGUAAUAGGUAAUUCUUCCUACUUAUCAAUGUUCCUCUCAAUUAUUCCCGGUCAUUAAUGACUGCUAAUCACCUAUUUUUGUUUAUGUUGUGAUAAAAGUUUGUCUGAUAGGUUACUGAAGUGUGUCCUGAUUGCUAUUCGCGUAUGACUGACCGACUAUUGUCAGUUUAAAUUAAUGCCCCAGGGUUCAAGCGUGAAAUCCUGUCAUUUUGAAUAUCAAAUUCCAGAACAAUUACCCCAACUAACUGAAUUGUAACGAGAAAAUGAAACUAUCUUUGAUGCAGAAAUGAUCCAAUUAAUAUCGCUUGAUUCUUCAUCGUCUAGCUCAUUAUUUAGAGUCAAAUCACACUUUAGUUGUAUCACGCAUAAAUUUAACGAAAUCUAUUAUGUAUGAUUACUAUUCCGCUUUCGGUAAAGCUAUUUACGACUUAAAAUAACCACAUUGUAUCUCUAUGUGAUAAGAAAAUUAAUAGAAAAUUGAAUUUCUGAAUUUUCGCAGCGUAUUGUAAUUCGCUUAUUCAGAGAAUGAAUGACCUAAUUAAAUCAACCCAAUUUUAAAUAGCACGUAGGAAACAACAAACUACCGAGUAACUUCAGUCCUUAAUGCCAGCAACAGCAAGAAUCUAACGUGAACAAGCCAGUGACCAUCUGGACUCAUUAGCUAAGGCAAUAACACUUUUUAACUUUUGAGGCAAUAGUCACAACUGACGAGUCAUAAGUCAGAAAAAAAAAACUCAUCCUUGAUUAUUACACUACCAACUACUGUCAAACGUUUCAUAAGAAUGCUCGUGAAUUGAUAGUAAAAUCCAGACAAUGUACUUUGGAUGCAUAUAUGCCAAUAAAGACUGAUCAAAUCCAGUCCCUAACAACAUCAACGACAAGACUUACGCUCUUUCAAGUGAAAGCAAAGUAGUUUUGAUUCGACCAGUAUACGUUUUAUCAUGUUAAUGUUGUUCCACUCAAAAGUUAAUAUUUGUGAGACUUAGGUUUAUAUGUUUUUUCGUGCGGUGCAAAAAUGUGAAGUUUGUUAUAAGAAGGAGUCGAGUUAGAUUAACGUGUAAAUGGUGUGAUGUAUGUUGGUUUUCGGUAGAUUGUUAAAUUUAGAUUCCCAUAAGAAUCCCCUUUAAAUAAACAUCCUAAGAAGGUAGUUUAUUGAGUUCAUAUUUUUAUCUCGUAAAAGAAUUUGAUAUAAUCUUAGAAAGUAUCUAUCAGUCUAGAAAAAAUUACAAGGAAAUACUUCUUAAUGAUGACAGAUGUGCCAUCUACAUAUCUGAACCAAGUUCGUUGUCUGGUUGUACUAGUAAGAAUAACCGACUUUACAUGGUGUGUGAAUAGAUUAGGAACAACCGAGGAAAUGGUUUCUUUUAACUAUUCUGUUUAUUUGUAUAAAGUCCCUUUGAAAGUGAAUACAUUUCAACCCAUGUAUAGUUCAAGGGAUUUCAUGAAUAAACUAACGCUUAUUGAAUAUCUGUUUGAUGGAGUAUUAUCAUUAUCCAGUAAACCAUUUUCUUGAAUCAAUUGGUUGUUUUUCGAAGCGAGAAAAGUAAUUUCCAUAGACAUAAAGAGUUCAUCAUUUGUG